AGCCCCGCCUCUAACCGCAGGGAUGCUUGCGCUUCUACGAGGAUUUAUCAUGAAGGACUGCUGGUGCUGGGAUGCGAACAGCAACAAAAACUACGAGGAGCUAUUUGACAAACUAGACACUAAUAAAGAUGGGAAAGUUGACGUGGCGGAGCUUCGGUCGGGUCUCAUAGCGAUGGGGAUAGCCUUGCGUACUGGAGAAGCCCAGAAGAUAGUGGCCACCGGGGACAAGAACAGGGAUGGUGUGCUUGACUUCACUGAGUUCACCAGAUACCUGAAAGAGCAUGAGAAGAAACUGCGGCUUACAUUCAAGAGCUUAGACAAGAAUAAUGAUGGUCGCCUGGAUGCCCAUGAGAUCAAACAAUCUCUGGCUGAACUGGGAAUGGACAUAUCCACAGAAGCAGCACUGAAAAUUCUACAGAGCAUUGACGUUGACGGCACUAUGACGGUGGACUGGAAUGAGUGGAAGGAGCACUUCAUGUUCAUGCCUGCGACUGAUCUAGAAGAAAUUAUUAGAUACUGGAAACACUCCUCGCAGCUGGACAUUGGCGAUAAUCUUGUCGUUCCCGAUGAGUUCACUAAGGAGGAGAAGAUCUCUGGUGUUUGGUGGCGACAGCUAGUUGCUGGGGCAACAGCAGGGGCAGUUUCUCGAACAGGCACCGCACCUUUGGAUAGAAUAAAGGUUUUUAUGCAGGUUCAUGCAUCCAGGUCAAACCAGAUCAGUCUGGUGGGGGGGUUCAAACGGAUGCUUGCUGAAGGAGGAGUGAUAUCUCUGUGGAGAGGAAAUGGCCUCAAUGUGUUAAAAAUUGCCCCUGAGACCGCUAUCAAAUUCAUGGCCUAUGAACAGUAUAAGAAGUACCUGUCAUCCGAUGGUGAUAAAAUAGAGACAGCACAGAGAUUCAUGGCUGGCUCCUUAGCCGGUGCCACAGCACAAACUUCCAUUUACCCUAUGGAGGUAGUGAAGACUAGACUGACACUGAGGAGUACCGGACAGUAUUCUGGGAUGAUCGACUGUGCCAGGUCAAUUCUGAAAAGAGAGGGCAUUAAGGCUUUCUAUAAAGGUUACGUCCCCAACACGCUGGGCAUUAUUCCUUACGCUGGCAUUGACCUUGCUGUUUAUGAGAGCCUAAAGAAUGCCUGGCUCGCACACUAUGCAAAAGACACAGCAAACCCCGGUGUUCUGGUCCUGCUGGGCUGUGGUACUGUCUCCAGCACAUGUGGGCAGCUGGCCAGUUACCCUCUGGCUUUGGUACGCACUCGUAUGCAGGCACAAGCAUCGUUUGGAAACUCGGAGCAGCCUUCUAUGCGCUCACUGAUUAAGAGCAUUGUGGCAAACGAAGGCAUUUUCGGUCUCUAUCGGGGGAUCCUACCCAACUUCAUGAAGGUCAUUCCAGCUGUCAGCAUCAGCUAUGUAGUGUACGAGUACACAAAAUCAUCGCUGGGUAUCUCAAAGUGAAUGUCACUGGGCUGGGUUCCCAAACCCCCAUAUAGGAGUGCUGUUCCAGAUCCAUUUAUCUUCUUGGACACUAGGAAAAAACAUUAAUUAAGAGAAUCAGCUAUAAUCUGAUCCCCGAUCAGCUUUGCUGUUUAAAAUGCCUUGUGAGUCCAGAGUUUCUUUCAUGGAUGUCCUGUCUGCUCUAAACACCACUGAUUUUUAAAACUCAUCACAAGAAUAAAGCGGACUCUUAUCCUGUAGAUUUAACUACAUGAUUAAGUCUUAUAAGUGUAUUUCAUUUGGUUAUUUAAAUUUGUAGCAAUAGGAAUGUCUGAUCACUGCACUGAAUAAUAUGACAAGUACGAUUUGCCUUACGACUUGCAUGCUAUGACUUCUUUAUGGUGUCUAUGCAUGUGAAUGCCUGAUGUCUGUGAAUGUUGGUUUUAUUUCUAUUACAUUGUUUUUUUAUAUUUUUAUAUUUUAUCAGAAAGAAAUAUACAAUGUAAGUGUACAAUCUACUGUAUUAUAAUGAAGGCCCUAAAACACAAGUGCAUAGCCGACAGGAUAACACCAAUGCACCAGGGAGAAAGGUACCACAACCGGCAUUUUAACCAUAUUAAUAAUCCAAAAUCUGUGCACUUACUUACUUGCUUUCCCAAUCUCCAAACGAUAGGAGGAAUUUCCAUCGUUCGUCAUAAGUGUCCCUGCUUUAUUUAUUAUUAUUAUUGUGAAAAUUGUCUGAGGGAUUGCAAUCUGAUGUAAUUUCCUUUUCAAAAUGGCAAAUAAAAUGAAUGAUGCAAUAAAACAGAACAUA